AUGUCACUUUCCGCUGUUGAACGGACUCCUGUCGAGAUCUGGGAUCUGAUCUUGAGGUGUGCCGUCACCAUGCCAUUCCUGCCUUUCACGGAGAGAGGCGUUCUUUCAGCACAUCUAGCCGACAACUUCAACAUGAUCUCAUCUAUGUGCCCGAUCGACUUGAUGCGCCUAGACGCACAAACUACGAAUAUACAAGCCAAUAUAAACUCAACGAUUUACUCAUAUAUCAGUGUAUACCUGGCUUAUCAACCGCAGGAAGCGAGCUCAGGGAGGGUAGACGACGAUGCCCGCAUUCCUCGAGUCAAUGUCCUUAUCUUGGGUCCAUUGACUACACGCUCUCUAAGAGCUCUCAAGCCACACUCUAACCUUGUUGUAUUAUCAAUUGGGUUUAGUCCGGAGAUCCCAGCAACGUGGUCGAUGGAAGAGUUAUCGACAUGCGCUCCCAGACUAAGUCACCUCCACCUCGAAGAUGUUCACAAGAACCUUAGACUGCUUUCGAAUCAGCUAGUCCAUUCUAAUCUACGCUAUCUCAGCUUACUGACCACAAGCUGGGGCGAACAUGACUCGCCUAUAAAUUGGACUUUCCCAUCUCUACAAACUUUAGUUAUUCAUGGAAAGUUACAUAGGCCAUCGCACAAGGUCAUUAACGACUUUAUUUCUCGGCAUGGUAAAGGGCUUACUGGUCUAGAUAUCGGUUAUCGUUUAUCUGGUGAAGAUUAUCUGACUCUCGGGGAUCUCCCACCUACUUUAUGGGACACCUGUCCGCACCUCAGUGUGUUUGGAAUGGAUGCAUUUAAUAUCUUCACAGACUUCAAGUUCGAGUUGCUGAGAAAAGCACGCGAUAAGGAUAACAGCCCCUCAAUAGAACUACUCUUGCAUAAGCUCUCGGAGUAUCCCCAACGGUUAUAUCAACCGACUAGGUUCUUGCAGGGUCUGAAGGACCGAUGGAAUGUGACAAAUUUUAUUCAUCCUUCGCCAUGGGCCGAGCAAAUAUCGUUGAAAGAGAUCCAAUCACUUGGUCGACCGAAGAAUGCAGUACAGUCUAUCUCCUCGCCGCCACAAACCUCACCAAGCCGCCCUUGGAAUGCGCCAAAAUAUCGUACGCAUCAUCUCAUUCAAAGUUAUGUUACUAAAUUGAUCCGUUUCAGAGUGCCUCUCGACUAUGCAGACUCUAGCAAGGGAACGAUUCGUCUACAAAUGGCUCGUAUACCCGCAAGCCAACAGCCUAGUCGGGGCGGUAUUUUUUUCAAUCCAGGUGGACCUGGGGGUUCCGGUGUAAUCAAUAUAGCUCAAGUUGGAAGUGACUUUGUCGAAAAGUGGGGCGCAGACUGGGACUACAUCUCAUGGGAUCCUCGGGGUAUUUGGGCUUCGGAACCUUUCAUCAAGGACCUGACCCCUGCAGAGAAAAUGGAUAUCUGGGGAGAAACCAUCCAUCCCGGACAGUACGAGGUUGAUACUCAAGAAUUUAUAGCCGGAGCCAAGCUUCGAUUGUCGAUCAAGGGCUGCAAAAGUUCGACGAGGCAUUCAAGAGCAAGAAUGUUUUCGUGCAUUGACGAUUCCUGUAGCAUCAGCACCACCUCCAAUGUCCGGGAUAUCGUCAGCAUGGCGGACGCCCUAUACGGAAGCGAUAAAGAUAUCAAUUAUUAUGGAAUCAGUUAUGGUACUUAUAUGGGAAUGAUAUUUACCCAGAUGUUCCCCAACAGGGUCGGCAAGGUGAUCAUUGAUGGAGUCGCGAAUCCUCAAGCAAACUCGCAGUACCUUCCAAUCCUUGGCGCGGACGAACAAUAUGGGGACGCAAAUGCAGUCCUCGAAGGAUUCUACAACACUUGUGCUCUAGCUGGACCCAGCAAGUGUGCGGUUGCUGAGCGAUAUCCUACACCAGAGGGUAUCAAGGGAGCCCUCGAUCAAAUGUUGGGGGCCACAUACAAGAACUGGAAUGACGGAAAUGGGGGACUGAGCUAUAACCAGUUCGCUCAACAAGCCAUCUUUGCCAACCUUUACUACCCUUCUUGGCCAAAGACUGCCCAAGCUAUCGUACUCGGUCUCAACGGAUCUCUCAGCGAGUCUGCGGCCAUGCUGAAGACGAUACCGGAAGAGAAUCGGUUCAAGCUACCCCUUGUAUCCAGCACGCCUGCUUACUCUGGGUCAAUAUGGAAGAGGGACCUGGACAAGCGACAAUUUAAUGCCAACUAUUACGGGUGCUCGGAUACUCCCGAAGUGAACCCUGAGAUUGUGACAACAGAAAGGGUGAUGGAGGAAAAGAUCCGCAUAUCACGAACCGUAUGGCCUAUAGCGGCGUCCCUCCACUAUGCCGAUCACUUUUGUCACCGGUACACCUCCCGUGGUGUCGAGAGAUACUCUGGUCCUUGGGACGUACAACCAAAGAAUGUCGUGCUCGUUAUUGGAAACCAAGCGGAUCCGUCCACACCUUUUCGAAACGCGCAACUUGUGACUAGAUUACUAGGAAGCAAGGCUAGAUUAGUGCAGCAAGCUGGAUACGGUCACACGACUUGUAAGUAUCUGCUUUCCCUCUCAUCUUCCGAAACUGAGACUAACUUUGGCGUACAGUUGCUCUGA